UGUGUGUGCGUGUGUUGCUGUGUUCGUGUUCAAAUAGAAGUAACGGUUUUUGUUUUAUUGUUCGAGUAAAUGAUGUCCUCCCGAAGCGUGCUCCUGUUCACCGUCGUCCUGAUGGGAUACUUUUACUGGAGUCUAGCCCAACCGAAGAACCCAAUCAAGGUGCGGUGCAUGGUGAAGCCAGAAGUCAACAACUCGGCCAUGUGCCCCCACGGGACCUUCCUCAACGCGUGCGGCAAGUGGGAUUGCAUCAAGGGUCCGGGCGAGAACUGCGGUACCAACAUUCCCGAUAUCAUCCUGUACGGCAAGUGCGCGGAUGGGUUGUGGUGCUGUAACGGUCAGUGCAAAGGCUGCACCAAAGGAAACUGCUUCAACGAGGCCUGCCAUCCGUCCAAACGGCACAGCUAUCAGCCCCGCUCCGACCCGGAUAUGCUGGCGCGGUACAUCGAUCGGCUCUACUCGAUCUACGACUACUAGGCUUCUUUGCAAGGACUGCUCCAGGAUACGCAGACCACAGCUGGCAUGUCUCUGCCACGUUGCCAGCACCUCCACGCAUUGUAAAACCGUCGCAAUGGUAGCCAUUUCACGCCCGCCCGGAUGUUCCGAGUAUCUUAGCCAGCCAGCCAGCCGCUAUCCUUGCCGCUCCUGUGCGCUUUCGCUAUCGUAGAAUAGAAAUUAGCCUUCAACAAAUAAACCAACAAAAAACAUAACCACACAAAACAG